UUCCACACAAAUUCACGCACUGACUCAUAUUUCCAUCGCAUGUGCUUUACAGCAUCAGCACUUUCUCAUUCAUACUUCUGUACCUCUUGUUUACUUAGGUAUUUCAUUGCUUUCCAUAAACCAGUAAGUGAAGCAUUCUGCUUUUAAACCUGAAUCUUCAUGUCACACCAACACAGCUUCCACGAUCUUUCCACGAACGAAGAUGACCGUCCUGGAAAUCCUUCCCCUCUGCCCGACCUGCGCUCUCAACUACACCACCACCGAGGCUGUUCUCUCCGCAGGUGCACUGCUCAUCGCGGCUGCAACAACAGUCACCAAUGUCGCCAUCAUCUUAGCCAUCAUCUUCUACCCGACCUUAGCGCACAGCCGCAAUUUCUUGAUUCUCUCACUGAGCAUGGCCAACUUCCUUAUCGGGGCGCUGGUUAUCCCGGCCAUCGCGGUAUGGGCGCUGUAUUCCGAGUGCUGGUCCUGGGGACAUACAAAAUGCAUCUUAUUCGUCGCUGUCAUCGACUACCUUCUCUCCUCAGUGAUCGCGCAUAUGGCAGCGCAGAGUGUGGAACGCUAUCUCCACGUCUGUCGGCCCGAAGUCUACAAGCUCCACCGAAAAACCAUUUUAUUAACGCUUUUCUUAUACUGCUGGAUUGUGCCGUUAAUCUCCAAUAAUUUCCGUCGCCUAACGAGCGAAAUAUUCUGGCACAGUCAUGAAGGUACUCAACAGAACGCCACCCAAGCUUGUGCGAUCUUCCACCAAGGACAUUGUGCCUGUGUGGUGGAUUGUUACACCACGUUCGAGAUUAUCUACCAAGUGCUGCUACAGUUUUUGCUCCCGGUUAUCAUGACGAUCUUCUGCUGGGUCCAGUUACGCCGAACGUGGUAUAAACGCUUUCGGUAUGCGCGCGAUGCUGGAGAACGCUUGGGUUUGCAUUUUAUCUUGUUGCUGGGUUUCCUCUUGUGCUAUGGACCGGUGAUCAUCAAGAAGGUGUGUAACAUGUUCGGUCUACUGGAUCUGAACGAUGCUGUGCGGAAUAGUGCGUGGAUGCAGGAGCUGAUUGAGAAGAAGCAGACCGGAUUUGAGGAGUACUUCCAUUCACCUUAUAAUACCAUGCAGCGGAUUAUUUACUUUAUGGCGUAUGCGUAUGGGUUGGUGGCGCCGAUGCUGUUAGUGUGCUGUAGCCAGCAAUUCGCGGUCGGGUUUCGGAGUGUGUUCAAUGCACAGUGGACCAAACUGUGCGGAUGCGAAAGGAGGAAAUGUUAAUUUGCAGUAAUGGCUUACUGAUUUUGGAUGCUGGUCACCCGAAUUUACAGUAGCAGUUUCCAGUGAAAUUCCGUCCGGGACGAAUUUUUAUGCUACUUACUCUGCGUGUAUGGAACUUGUAAUUUGCUUUAAACUGCAACAGCCGCGAAGUGAGCGAGCGCUGCAAUGACUGGCUCACCUUGGCGCCCAUUAGCGGAUACAUAAAAGGUUACAUCGGGUGGCGAUCGGGAUGCUGACGACCUGCAAACAGAAUGUGCCGGUGUCGGGCCUUUAAUUUGUUGAUAAUGCAUCGAUCGGGGAGUGCCGUGAUAGUUGCGUAGCUCAGCGCGAGCCGUACGUUCAUGUUAUUAUAGAGAUAAAAAUUAUUAUGAAGUUGUAUCUUAAGCUUGUGAUAAUGCCGAUUCUGCUUCUUUUCUGCUGUCUAUGGAAGGACAUACUGUAUUAUUUUUGUAAAAUAUACAGUACAUAGUUAUAUCGCAUUUUUAUAUGUAGUACAUUCUAGUGGUCUUUUGGUUCUUUAAAGUUGUAGAAGGUUA